AUGAAGUGCUUUUCCAAAGGAAUGUUUUACACAUUUUUCGUGUUGACCUACCUGGCCCAGACGAUUGAGGUCCUGAAUGUACUUAUCACCAAGAUCCGUGUGGAUUCAGGAGAAACGGGAUUUGAAGAGGGCUUGGCAACAAAUGAAAUGGCAAAGAGAGACCAGAGCUAUUCUGCCAACAUCAAAAAGGCACUGGGAAAGAGGGGAGCAGAGCUACUUGGCGACAUUCUGGUGCACACAAUGCAUUUUUCGGCCAGUAUUUUGUUUUUUACAGAGGCUGGAAGGCUUUUUAGUAUGAAGAUUCUUAACAGAAUCUUUGGGGGGUUUUUUGACUUAGAAAUCGUCUUCCUUACUAUUGUAGUCUCAAUGCUAUCUCUGAAUGCGUUUACAGAAUAUGUUGUUUGCUCAAUAUAUAAGAAUCCCUCACUGGAGAUAAUUCUUGUGUGGUGUUUCUUUGGUGCCCUAUUCGUUAUUCCCAUAUGCAUCUUCAUCUUCAUAAAGCUCCUAAGGAUUUUCGGAGCUAAUUUCGUAGUUUCGUGUUACCUCUCUUACUUUAUCAUGGAGGUAUCUGACAUCUUAUCCAUAUCAAAUGUGGACCUCACCAAGAUGGAAAAGGUGACACCAAACGUGUUUUCUGAGAAUAUCCAGAGGCUUAUGAGUGAUAGGGGGCUCUCUGACUCAAUAUACAGGGAAAAAAGGCCUGGAAAGAAUGUUAAUGCAGCCCUCAUAGGCAUUGGAAAUUCAGAAAGAAUAGAGAUAUAUGGAAAAAUAGAGAAUAUGGACGAUGGCCAAUUGGAGUCGAUACUGAUCCACGAGGUGGGCCAUUCUUACGACAGAAGCCUGGUCAAGAAGAUAUCGGUUUUCUUCCUCCUUCUAUGUCUUGAAAUAUUGUUUUUAGUGGUUCUGUACGAUAACAUAGCCAAGGAGUUUGUGUGGGGUAAUGUCUCUAAGGAAGGAUCGUUUAUAGUGCUCAUCUGCCUAUACUUCGCGUCGGUUAGGCCGUGGCUAUUUAUGCUAUACAAUCUCACGUCUCAAAGUGCAGAAAUGUAUGCAGAUCUUUUAACAAAGAGGUACAACUAUAACAAAACGCUUGCGGGCACUCUGUACAAGAUAUCUGUGGACUCCCUUGAUUUCUUGGCCCCAUCCUGGCUAUACAACAGCCUGAACUCUCUCCAUCCUAGCAUAAUGUCUAGAAUUGAGUAUCUGAGCAACUAA